AUGUUUCGACCCCUCCUACCCCGCCAUUGCUCUCUAUCCUCCUCCCUUCUACGCAAUCUUCCUACCACUCCAUUCACUUUGUCCUGCUCGCCAUCUCUUCAACCGACCAUCAGAUUCUCAGUCAGAGCUUUCUCUGCAUCUUCCGUCAGAAUGUCCGGCAACGUCUUCCUUGAGGUCGAGUGGAAGGGCCCUGUUCUCGAUGAGAACAGCCGGAAGACCGGGGAGAUCAGAGAGCAGAAGGGCCGCAUCAACCUCGAGCUCUUCGACGAUGUCGUUCCCCGGACCGCCCGCAACUUCCGUGAGCUGUGCACCGGCCAGAAUGGCUUCGGCUACAAGGGGUCUACCUUCCACCGCAUCAUUGAGAACUUCAUGAUCCAGGGCGGCGACUUCACUCGCGGCAAUGGCACGGGCGGCAAGUCCAUCUACGGCGAGAGGUUCCCCGAUGAGAACUUCAAGCUGAAGCACGACCAGCCUGGCCUUCUCUCCAUGGCCAACGCCGGCCCCAACACCAAUGGUUCCCAGUUCUUCAUUACCACCGUUGUGACCUCCUGGCUCGAUGGUCGCCACGUCGUUUUCGGCAAGGUCGCGGAUGACGACUCCAUGAAGAUCGUCAAGGCUCUGGAGGCUACUGCUGACGCCGAGAGGGAGUCAACGAAGCCUGUCAUCGUUGACUGCGGUCUGGCCGACCAGGCCUAA